CUCAGUAGUCUGGCUUUUUACCCCCAUCGCCUUUGCAUUCCAUUUCUGUUGGGUUUAAAAUCUGUUUUUUUCUCAACUCUCUUUAACUGGUGUUAUCGUCGAUGUGUGUUGUGGGUUUUUUAAUUUAUUUUUUUAAUUAAAAAGAGUAUUAAAAAAAAAAAAGUCGUAUAAAAUCCAGUACAGACGCCUCGGUUGUUGGAGUGUAAACAGCUUUGUGUAAAUGAAGCCUACAGGAAAAGGAACUCAAGUUAUCUACAAAUAAUAAUGGCAUCUAACAGAGAUGUAAUGGAUAGAUCAAGAAAAAAUGGCCAAGAUACAAAAGAGGAAAAGCAAACGUUACCCAGUGAGGAAGAGGCAGAGGCGGGGCCUCAGGUGAGUACUGAUGCUCCGCCCCCAUACAGCAGCAUCACAGCAGACAAUGCAGCAUAUUUUGAUUACAAAGGUGAUGCUGCUUUCCCCAAACCUCCAUCUUACAAUGUGGCCACGUCGCUGCCGUCGUAUGACGAGGCUGAGAGAAGCAAAGCAGAAACUUCUGUUCCUCUGGUGACGGGACGAGAUGAUGACUUUGUGGCCAGAGAUGAUUUUGAGGAUGCAGACCAGCUGCGAAUUGGCAACGACGGUGUCUUCAUGCUGACUUUCUUUAUGGCUUUCCUCUUCAACUGGAUCGGUUUCUUCCUGUCUUUCUGCCUGACCACCUCAGCAGCGGGUCGUUAUGGCGCCAUCUCCGGUUUCGGCCUGUCCCUCAUUAAGUGGAUCCUGAUCGUGAGAUUUUCUACGUAUUUCACCGGCUACUUCCACGGUCAGUACUGGCUGUGGUGGGUGUUCCUGGUGCUCGGUUUUCUGCUCUUCCUCCGAGGCUUCAUCAACUACGCCAAGAUCCGCAGGAUGGCUGACUCUUUCGCGACUCUCCCAAGUACCAGAGUCCUUUUCAUCUAUUAAAACUUCACGUUCUUAAGCUUCUCAGCUUGUUGGAAACUGAGAAUGAAUUUCUGGCCUCCACGGAGCCGAGGGACCAUGACAGAUUUAAAGAAAAAAGCAAAAACCCUUGCAUACAUAACGUACCGAAGAGAAGUUACAUGUUUAUUUCAGGAUGAUGGAUGAGUGCUUAAUCAAAUCAGGGGAAAAUAAUAAAAGACACAUGAUGGACAGCGUGCUGCACUUUCUGUUUCUCAAUGUAAACUUAUGCUGAUGUCUCUGAAACUGCAGAAGUGUUUAGUGAUUUUAAGGUUAAACGCGUUUUGCAUUCUUGGAUUUAUAAAUGAAUGCCAUGUGAUAAUCUGCUCUGUAGUGACGGCAUGCAUUGUGCCCUGGUGGCCCAUAGGGGGCAGUCUCGCUUAUAGUUUUCUUUAGUUAUUAUUUCCCCUCCUCCUUGUAAUGACGUUGGACGCAGAGGCAGCCAGUGGCUGUUCUUCAUUCACAAAUAGCUUGUCUUUUCUGUGAAUGGUGUUGGAUGAAUUUAAUUUAAAGCAACAUUUCUCUCUCUCUCUGUGUGUGUGAAAUGAAAUUAAUUAAAAUUCCCCUCUUUUUAUUAGAGUUGUCACAUGUGAUGUGGUCAGACAGUAUGCUUUUAUUGUGUGUUUAUUUUUAAACAUGGGAAGCCCCAUAAGUCAGUGUAUGUCACACCAUGUGGAAUGAAACUAUAACUCAAAAUAAAUAUUUAUCCCUUUAUAUUUUGCCCAUAUUGUCAUCCAUAAAAUGGAUAAUUAAAUAAAAUAUUUUCAAAGCCCCUUUCAGGCAUGACCCUGUU